CGGCAGUGACGAGCUAAGAUAGGAAGACCGCGAAGAAGUCACUGAGUUCGGCAGUGACGAGCUAAGAUAGGAAGACCGCGAAGAAGUCACUGAGUUCGGCAGUGGCGAGCUAAAAUAGGGAAGCUACGAGCUCGGAUCGUAACAAGUGGUAUCCAGAGCAGUCGAUCUCCGGAAACUGGAACGGUGACGCGAGGCGCUGAAAUGGAGAAGAAAAUGGCGGAAUUGAUGGAUCAGAAGUUAAGUGAGCGUGAUCAAGUCAUUCAUGAGCAGGAAAUCCAAAUUUUGGAAUUGAGGCAAGCAAUCGCUACGAUUAAAUUGCAGAAUCAGAAAAACAACGCAGCAAUGGAUAAUGGUGAAGGAAGUAGCGAAGGAAAAUCAGAUUGGGGAAGAUCUACUCGAUAUGAGUUUCCUAAAUUUGAUGGUGAAGGAUUUGAAGGUUGGAUGAUGAGAGCUGAAUAUUUUUUUCAAGUAGCAAGGGUACCAGAGGCGGAGAAAGUAAAGGUAGCAGCAAUUCAUAUGGAAGGAAAAGCUCUCCAAUGGCAUAGAGGAUUUUUGACUCUACAUGGAAAUGAGGCGUAUGUUGAUUGGAGAUAUUACAUCUCGUGCGUAGCAGCUCGCUUUGGAGCUCAUGCUUUUGAGGAUCCGCUUGCAGAUCUGAGGAAUCUCAAACAAAAAGGUACGCUACAAUCAUACAUGGAUACUUUUGAUGAGUUGUAUCCGAGAGCUAGUAUAAGAGAGGAUCAAGCACUUAGUUUUUUCUUAUCUGGACUUAUUGAUGAACUACAAAUGCCAGUGAGAAUGUUUAAACCUAAGAGCUUGGCUGAGGCUUACUCAUUAGCUAAAUUGCAAGAACUAACUGUGAAGGCUUUAGGAAUUAAGCCUAAGGUGAUGCAGAGUAAUGUGUAUUCUAAUAGCAGUUAUUACUCGAGUAGUAAGCCCCUGGCAGUCACCACUAAUAGUAAACCUGUGGUGAAUACUAACAAUUGGAGUGGAGGUAAUAAGGAGCCUAAUCGUUUGGGUGGUGUUAGAGCUAGCACUAAUCUAUCACCCAAAGAAAUGGAUGAAAAAAGAGCUAGGAAGGAGUGUUUCUGGUGCACUGAAAAAUUCACUCCUAAUCAUCAAUGUUCUAAGAGGAAAUUUUAUGUUAUACAACUGAUUGAGCUGGGAGACACAGCAGAAAGUGAGGAACAAGCAGAUUUGGCAGAUGAAACAAGGGCUGGUGAAGAACCGGAUCUCCAGCUGUCUUUACAUGCUGUUUGGGGUAAGAAUGGACCUCAACUGAUGAGGAUUAGGGGAAUCUGUCAGAAAAAGGCUUUAAAGAUCUUAAUUGAUACUGGGAGUACUCAUAACUUCUUGAGUUCCAGAGUAGCUAAAAAGAUUAAGUGUGAACUCACUGCAGUGAGCUCUAAGGCUGUAGAGGUUGCUAAUGGACAACUACUGCAAUGCAAUCAGAAAUGUAGUAGCCUUGAGUGGGAAAUGCAGGGAGCAACAUUUCAAGCUGAGGUCUAUCUUAUUCAUUUAGAAACUUAUGAUUUGAUAUUGGGUGGUGCUUGGUUGUCUACCUUGGGUGAGAUUACAUGGGAUUUCAACAAGCUGACUAUGCAAUUCAAAUUAUCUGGUGCGGUUGUGAAGUUGCAAGGAGAGCUAUGGUCACCAAAAUCUGAUCAAUUACAUUGUUUACAUAUCUGCAACCUGCAAGAAAAAGAUGAAAAUGAAAGAAAGAUCAGCCAGCUGAUGCCUUCAAUAGAAGAGGAAAUUUCCUUCUGUUAUGAGAUCAGUACAGAGGAAAUAUGGCCAGAACUUAAACUGAUAUUGGAUGAGAAUGAAGCCAUAUUUGCAGAGCCAAGUUCAUUACCACCACCGGGGGAGCAAGAUCACAAAAUCAUUUUGAAAGAGGGGUCUAAUGCUGUCAACAUAAGGCCCUAUAAAUAUGCUUCCAAACAGAAAGAUAUCAUUGAAACUAUGAUUGAUGAAAUGCUGAAAUCUGGAGUUAUAAGGCAUAGUGAGAGUUCCUUUGCUAGCCCUAUUGUUUUAGUCAAGAAGAAGGACUCAUCAUGGCGCAUGUGUGUGACUUGCCAAAGAUAUAAACCAAGCACUACUUCCCCGGCUGGAUUACUUCAACCCCUGCCUAUGCCUGCUGCAAUUUUUACUGAUAUCACUAUGGAUUUCAUAGAGGCUUUACCUACUUCGCAUGGAAAAGACACUAUAUUUGUGGUGGUAGAUCGGUUGAGUAAGUAUGCUCAUUUUAUGGCUUUGUCCCAUCCUUUUACAGCCAAGAAAGUAGCAGAAAUAUUCAUGGAUUUUGUUUUCAAAUUACAUGGCAUGCCUGCUAAAAUUGUGAGUGAUCGAGGUGCUGUGUUUGUGGGAGCUUUCUGGAAGGAGUUUAUGACUUUAUUGGGUGUGGAAUUGCUAUAUUCUACAGCCUAUCACCCUGAGACCGAUGGACAAUCUGAGGUUGUUAAUAGAUGUUUACAAUGUUAUUUGAGAUGCUCUAUGGGAGAGAAACCACACUCUUGGGUUCAAUGGCUGGGAUUAGCCGAAUAUUGGUACAACACUACUUAUCACUCGAGUAUUCGGAUGACUCCCUUUGAAGCAUUAUAUGGAUUUCCACCUCCUUUACAUGUCCCAUACCUACCUGGGGAUUCAGAUAUUGAAGCUAUAGACAUUGCUUUGAGAGAUAGAGAGGAGAUGAUUGUCAUAUUAAAGAAAAAUAUUGAGAAAGCUGCAGCAAGAAUGAAGAAACAAGCUGAUCUUCAUCGUUUUGACAGAGAGUUUCAGAUUGGUGAUUGGGUUUGGCUGAAGCUUCAAGACUAUAGGCAGAAAUCUAUUCGGGGCAAACACCACAAGUUCGAAGCUAAGUUUUUUGGACCAUAUCAGAUCGUGGAUAGAAUGGGGAAGGUAGCUUAUAAGCUGAAUUUACCCUCAUCAGCUGCUAUACAUGAUGUCUUUCAUGUUUCAUUACUGAAGCCCGCUGCACCUCCUCUCGGGCCUAUUUCAGAUCUACCAUCUACAUCUCAUAUCAAUGAUGCUAUACCACAAGCGAUUCUGGAUAGAAAAAUGGUGAAGCGACACAAUCAAGCGGCUACAAAAUGGCUGAUCCAUUGGAAAGAUAGAUCCCCUGCCGAUGCUUCUUGGGAAUUCGCGGACGUGAUCACCGAGCGUUUCCCUUGGUUCCUUGAGGACAAGGAACCUUAAGUCGGGGGUAUUGUUGCAUGCAUGAUCAUUCAUGCGUAAAAUGCAUGCAACACAAGAUAGCGAGCUAUAAAGGAAGUCGUUGGAAGUUGGGAGUUAAGUAGGAGUUAGUUGCUGUGUAACUAACUCAAGCCAGCUGGCAAUCAUCACGUGAGAUAUGACGUGUUGCAGCCAAUAAGAGUCGAGCACGUGGAUGUUAGUUAGUUAAGUGAGCUAAGAUGAACAGUAUAAGUAGAGGAGUUGCUUAUUUCUUUCGGUUAUGUCGAGUAUAGUGUUGAAUUGUAAAUCGGAGUUUAGAUCGUGGAUCUAGUUCCUCCUCUUCGUUUGAUUGUUUCUAUCGUGUAAACUUCUUGUUGAUUCAAUAAUACGAUCCUCGAUUGUUCAUUCAAGAGUUGCUUUGCGUAUUAUCGCUGAGUUCGGCAAUGCCGAACUAAGAGAGGGAGACCGAGAAGAAGUCACUGAGUUCGGCAGUGACGAGCUAAGAUAGGAAGACCGCGAAGAAGUCACUGAGUUCGGCAGUGACGAGCUAAGAUAGGAAGACCGCGAAGAAGUCACUGAGUUCGGCAGUGGCGAGCUAAAAUAGGGAAGCUACGAGCUCGGAUCGUAACAGAGUCGGAGCUUGCUGGGGCCGGAGAAGUAUCAGUUGAUGAACUUCUUCAAGCACGUGCAGGGAAUUUUCGCGAACGGGUCCGAGGAAGAUUUGUAGAUUCCAUUUGUGGAGUUCUUAGCCAAAAGGGGUUUGUCGCAAAAACUCAAAUCGUAUACAUCAAUUCCUCAGUCAUAUCUUUAUUUUUCCUCUUUUACUUAUAGUUUCUCUAUUUAUGGUAAAGUUUUUGAAAUUAUAUGUGUGCUUGUUUUCUUAAUGUGCAUGUUUAUUUUGAUUGCUCUGAUUAUAGGCUAAAUUGAACCCUCAAUUAACUGACCAAAUUCGCUUUUGAUAUUCUCACCUCUUUCUAGAUCGGUAUGUUUUACGACAUUGCUUGAUAUAGGUAGCGGAUUGUACUUUCCAGUCUCCAUGUGACAAGAAAGUUCUGCUUUAUUAGUCCAACCAAAUCCAAAACAUUACGUAGUGGUUAAAUUUGAUUGCGAUUGUUUUGCAUAAGAACAGGAUAGGUUUGAUAAGUCUUUAUCAGCCGUUCAGAAUUCCUUCUUAUGGUCACUGAUUUAUUCAUAUGCACAUAUGUUUCUUACCAUUUAACAAUUGCCUUGCUAUGUACUGGUUUGUAGUCUUCUUAACUUGCCAUAACUUUUUCCAGGAUUAUAUUGUUCACUAUAGCCUGGGCUGAUCAUGAUCAGGAAAACUUGGAGUUGUGUAAAGAUGUUAUCAGUACUAAAGUGGGAUAAGUUGGCUUGCUCUUUACCACUCAUCCAUUGGAAGGUUUCCUAAUGCAAAUGGUGCCGUAAUAUACCCUAUUUAUGGCCAAGGGGAACUUUCUCAAGCUUUUUGUCGUCGUGCUGCUGUCAAGGGGUGCAUUUAUGU